CGGCAAAAUGGCGUGUCAUUGCAAAUCGCCGAGAAAAGAUUUUUAUCUACGAGAAAAAAACGAUUUUUUCGAACAUUUCGUGGCGGAUCAAUGCGUUAUCAUAAAACAGAAUUACCUCCAAUUCACGACAGGUAUAAAAUACGAUAUAAAAGAAGAAUACAAUUCGCCGGUACCGGUGGAAUGGUAUCCGCACGCCAAUUCCUACUACCCCUUCGCCGAGGACGUCGAUCCCUUGGAAAGGGUGAAUCAUUUAUUGGGCGACAAACCUUCGUACGUAUCUUUGAAUAGUUUUUACGCGGAUAGCGGCGAAUUUAAAGAACCGAUUUAUUCGACGAAAAACGCCCAACAGAAAUAUCUCGAAUCGAAUCCGGCGUCUUUUAUAAUAUUGGGAAAACCCGGUAUCGGCGAGGAAAAUUUGGGAAAACGACUCGCCGAUUAUUGGCAGUGCGUCUAUAUAGAACCAGGAUUACUUAUCGAACAGGAAAUUCGAAGCGAAAGCAGGGCCGGACAAUGCAUAGAAUUCAAUUUGAGAUGCGGCAGAUCGAUCGGAAUCGACGUCAUUUUGAGGUUAGUGGAAAAACGCGUCAAUUCCGAAUCGGCCAAACAUCGAGGUUUCGUCAUAUGCGGAUUACCGGUUAUACCGAAUUCCAUGUACAAAGAAGAUCCGACGUCUUCGGAAUCGGCCGUUUUUACCGCCAAAGAAAUUUUCGACGAAAUAAUCGAUAGUACGUUCGAAUUGGGCGUACCGCCUCCUAGCAGACCCCGAUUAUCGGAAACUGCCAGCAAAAGCGUACGAGGAGAAGGCGGCGAAGUUAUCAUCGAAGGCGAAGGCGAAGGCGAAGGCGGCGGCGGCGUAAUACAACCCCCAAAACAAGCGAUAAUCGCGGAAACGCCGUCGGUCGACGUCGGAGACAAUUACGACGUUUGUCAACCGCCGGAAAUAAGUACCGAUUACGAAGAACAAUUAAAUUUUCUUUUCAACCUUUUCAAACCGCCCUUUUUAAUAAUUUAUCUGAUAUGUAACGCCAAAGACGUUAUCAACAAAAGGGCGAACGAAAAAUUCGAUAUCUAUUCGAAAUUGGACGUCAAUUUAUUACACGAGAAAUCCAACAAAGCGAUUUUCGAUUAUUUCACUAAAAAUAAUACCGUAGAAUUAUUACCGGCGGAUUAUUACGAAACUUUUAUACACGACGACCUCGUCACCGAUAACGAAAUGACGAAUUUGAAACAUCUCGUCGUUUUACCGAAAAAUUUUCCCGUAAACGUCGAAUCCCAAUUGGAUUCGUACCAUUACACGGCGAUGAAUUUCAUCGAACGCCGCAUCAUGACUCACGAUCCGGACUAUUUCGUCAAAUUGGACGGUCGAACUAGUACGAAAAGAAUGUUUUACGUACUAAAAGCCAAAUUGAAUUGUCUACCUUUACAAAAAGUCGUAAUACCGCAACGAAUCGUAACACCGACGACAACCGGAGAAGACAGUCCGCCGAUAAAUUACGUAGACGAAAUGACGUUCGAUGAAUUUUUCAAAAAAUACCGAAAAAUCUCCACUCCCGGUAUUAAUUUCCGAUGGAAUUUAUCCGAUUGGGGGGCCAAAUGUCCCGUAGCGCUCAGAAACGGUAUAAUCAGAGAAGGUAAUAAAGAAUAUUGCGUACAAUUUAUGGAUAAACUAUUUUUUUUAUCGGACCAAGAAGCUUUUUACAAAUUCUAUCGAAAUCCCCGUAAUUAUCUGUUGGAUCCUUACCCGAAACCGACUUGCAAAAUAUUUAUAUUCGGUCCGAAAUGUUCGGGUAAAACUUCGAUAGCGAAUUGUUUGAGUUAUUUAUUGAACGGCACCGUUUUAUCCACCGUUUCGAUGGUGGACGAUUUUAUAGAUCGGCGCGAACAAGAAUUCAAAGAAAAAAUCAAACAGGCCGCGCUAACCGAAGCUCUGGAACUACUGAACGAAACGAGACGCAAAGAAGCCGAAGAGGCCGAAGAAAAACGGAUAAACGAUAUAAAAGAAUGGGUGAAUAACGUUAAAUCUCUAGUAGAAUCAUACGGUAAUUUGAUAAUCGAAAUGCAAAACGAAUCCGAAACAGCCAAAUUGGAAUUAACUUCGUUCCCGAUGGCUAUGGUCAAAUACGAUAUAGCCGAAAUAGAAACCGAAACUACUAUAGCCAUUAAAAAAAUCAAAGAUCAAUUGAUACAAUCGAAUAUACCGGAAGGUAGUUUCGAAAGUAUCCAACAAUUCGUGCAGGAUCGACAAAAAAUGAUAACCGCCAUACCGGACAAUUUAAAAAGGAAAAUCGUCCCGAAACCGGCGACCGUCUACGACGAAUUCGUCGUACAAUACGUAAACGACGCUUUAUCCAAAGCCGUUUACGUACAAGAAACCGUAAAUACCGAAAAUAUAGUCGAUAUAAUUAAAACGGCGAUUAAAGAUAUCGAAGAAAAAUAUUUGGAACAAGGCAAUAACCGAGGCGGUUGGAUAAUAGACGGCAUGUUGAUCGACGCGGAUAUUUUAAAAAAUUUGUACCCCGAUUACAUGGCCGACGAUAUUUUCGUAUUAAAAGACACCGGAGAUUUCGAAUUUUUGAUAAACAGAUACAAAAUUCGAGGCGCCAAUAUAUUUACCGAUUACCGAGAUUUUUUUAUGAGUUUGGGUAAAAUAGACGCCGCUUGGAGAUCCCCGUCGCGAAUAACGUCGACCACUUCGUACAAAUACAAAUUGGGAAAAAGUAUUUUAUCGGAAAUAUUCGACGAUCCCCGAUUAGGCGGUACCGCGACGGCGGCGGGGGAUUUAAUAAGAGAAGAAAAUUACCACGAAGAAUUGUUAAAAUACGAUAUCAAAUUAACGGAAAUCGAAAAUUAUUUCAAAACGAUAAAUAAACCGAUUCUAGAAUUACGAAUAACCGAUAAAAAUUUAACGGAAUUAUUAACGGAAUCGAUUAGAUUAAUAGAAGACGAAUAUAGAGUUAAAGCCGAUUUAUAUACCGACGAAGAUAGAGCCGAAGAAAUAACUUUAUAUAAUAAUAAUAAUAAUAAUCGACAGGAUAAUAAUAAUAAUAAUUUAAUCGAAGAUUUAAUAUCGGACGAUUUGAUCGAAUCGAAUCGCCGAUACGGCGACACUUUACAUUAUUGUCCGGUAACUUAUCACGAAAAUUGGGUAAUUUGGAAAGGUAAACGAGAUUUAUCGAUCAAAUUCGACGAUCGGAUUUAUUAUUUAAGCACCGAACAAGAUAUGAAUAAAUUCCUAUUAAAUCCUCGACGAUAUAUAACGAAUAAACCGCCUAAAGAAUUACCGCCACCGAGAAUUUGUAUAAUAGGCAUAUCGGGUAUAGGUAAAACCGAUUUAUCGCGAGCCCUAUCCUUCAAUUACGGUAUUUUUUACGUAAGUUACGAAAAUUUAUUAAAAAAUUAUUUCAAUAUAAACACCGACGAAACUUUGGAGGAAUUAAAAAGGAAUAUAAACACCGACGAAAUUCUACGGGAUUAUUUAACGGGAAACGGCGUUUUACCGAUCGAUUUUUAUCGCGCCAAUAUUUUCAAACUUUGGUUCGAAUACCCCAUCAAAGAAUUGGGUUUCGUCAUAGACGAUUUUCCGAAACGAACCGCCGAUAUAAACAUCAUGAUCGAAUAUAAAUUGAUACCGGAUGCGAUAAUCAGAUUGUCGUGCGACGCGGAUCUGGUUAAGAACAAAUUGUUGCGGGACCGAUUGGAGGAAUGGCGGAAAACGGUCGAAGAAAAAAAAUUGUUGUGGGAAGAAACGAAUAAAGGAGUUUUGCAGGAUUACGAACGACGCAGAGAAAAUAGAUUUCGAGAAAUGAUAGAGGCGAGAAGGGAGGAGAGGUACGCCGAAAAAAGGAGAUCGAAAUCGGAAAAUUUCGAGGAAAAUUCCAGUUUGUCUCAAGUGAGUUUCGAUUCGAUAGCCGAGCAAAAAGAUAUCGACGAGAUAAAUAGGAUUUUGGACGCGGAAUCGCCGGACGUAGCGCCCGAACCGACGGAAAAUUUCGAGGAAAUUAAAUCGUCGUACGAAGAUCGAAUAAACCGACACGUCGAUCAAGAAAUGGAUUAUUUGAAAGACGUGCAAUACAUUUGCGAUUAUAAUUUGAUACCUUUCACGAAUCUCCCGAUAUAUUUGGAGGAUUACGCCAAAAACGAAAGGAGCGUCUAUUAUCACACGGAAUAUAUCAAAUUUAGGAAUCAAUCGUUUUUCGAAAGGUGUUACGACGUUUCCACACAAGUCGCCGAUCGAUUAUUGAAUUGCGGUUAUUAUUUCCUUAGUAAAUUCGGAAAAAUUUGCCCGGUGCAGUAUCACGAAAAUCAAAAUCCCUUCCUAAUGUAUCGAUAUUCGGAAUUGAACAACGACGUUUUUCCAAUUAUACACAGGAGCUACAUCUACUUCAUUGUCGGUAAAGCAAACGUAGAGAAAUUCAAAAAACACCCUCUCAAAUAUAUCGACGUGGAAAACAUCAAUUUCCCCCUAAUACCGAUGAGAAUAGCCGUAUCGGGUCCCCCCAAAUGCGGAAAAACUAUAUUGGCCAGAAGAAUUCAAAGAGAAUACGGCAUGAAAAUCGUAUCUAGAGGACAAGCGAUAAGAUUCGUUCUGACGAUUUUACCUUUUUCGAAUUUGGCUACCAAUUUGGAAACCAUAUUGAGAAGAGGCUGGGAACCCACAGAUGAAAUGGUGGUUAGGUGCGUCGAAGCCGCCACAAUCGAUCCAUGGGGCGUUACUCAAGGUAUAAUAUUCGACGGAUUUCCUAAUACAAUUUCCGAAGUUAGACAUUUGUCGUACGCCGGUUUAGUACCUCAAUUAGUGAUCGAUCUACAAGCGACGAAACGACAAAUGUUCGAAUGUUUAGGAAACGAUACGGGACGAAGAGGUUUCCCCAGAUAUAGUAUACGUUUCGUUAAUCAUUUAUACAAAGGUUACAAAGAAAAUACGGAAACGUUCAAACCUUGGUUCGAUAGAGAAUACCAAGUAACGACGAAAAUUUCGAUAGAUACUUGCAAUUGGUCGGUUUGGUCGCAAGCCAACAAAGUUAUAACGUCGGUUUUAUUCGAAAUCAAACAUUAUUUCACGCACUGCCACCAAGAUUGGCCGUUGAGGUUAUGUAACAUGCAAGUAACUCCCCUGGAGUUUUUGGAAAGGCAAAGUUCGUACAAAACUUUUUGUCCUUGUUGUUUGCACUUCAGUAAUAUGCUUACGAGCGGCGGCGACGUUCCCGAUAGAACCGGUUUGGUGCAAUGGAGACAAUUUUACUAUUGGUUAUGCCCCGAGCACGUGGAAACGUUUCUAAAAACUCCCGAAGCUUUUUUACCUCCGUACGGAGCUAACGCGUUACCUCUUUACUUACCGACGAGUUUACACCUCAAGUUAUUCCCGUCGAAUCUAUUCGAAGACGGUACGUGCGUCGUUUGUUACAAAAACAAAACCGUUAUCGUGAAAGGGGUGUUGAAAUACGCGGUCGGUUACAAUAACAAAACUUAUUUGUUCGAUAGCCAAGAAUGCUUGGAGGAAUUCAUGAAAAGACCGACGCAUUAUUCGUUCGAUAUCAGAUUCAAACCGCCGGAGAAUUAUCCUAGUUUGGAGUACGGCGAACUUCCCAUAUUGGGAAUGCUCGAGCAGUACGUCGCCAAGGACCUGAUUACCGCCGUUAAAUAUAUAUCGAGGAGGAGACCGGUCGUACCGGGUCUGAGCGUUUCUACGUCGGCCGCUAUCGGUAUAGGAUUGUAUUUGAAAGUUUACAAUAAAUAUAUUUCGGAAGAAUACAAAAUUAGGUAUUUGGAAGGGGAUUCGUUGUUCCGUGCUAGAAGGAAGAAGUUGUUGGAUUAUUUGUAUAAGAUGAAACACACCGUCAAUCCUUAUCUAAAUUACCAAGAACCUCUACCGAAAUUUCAAAUGUUGGAAAGCGACGCGUCGGCGUCGUCUUCUUGCAGCGAUAAAUCCGCUAUAUUAUAAAAUUUACGGUUUAGAUGAUAAAAUUAAAUCUAUUAACGAUUAAA